AACUCUGGGAUUUGGGAGUGACGCGGAUACGAGAGCUACUUUGUCCCUCUGUUUCCUUCGCUAUAAAAAAAUAUUUGGACUUAUUAGAACAACGGUUACUAGCGAAUGUUGAGUGAUUUAAUUAUGAAGCCGAUUUACACGUUUUGUUAAGAAAAAGCGCCAGUGGAUUGCCCUGGUGUUUACUUGGUGACUGAUCAAGUCGGGAUUGUGUUUGUUUGCGGGCCGUCCGUCCUCCAAGCUGCUGCUGCUGCUGCUGCGGCGGCGGCUGGGAUAACUUUGGAAGAAGUUCUUUGUAUUCAGGAAACAGUUUGGCUAAGAACAUGGACUGGGGCACGGAACUUUGGGAUCAGUGUGACAUCAUAGAGAAGCACACGCAGUCCGGCCUGGAGCUGGUGGAGAAGUAUGUGAAGUUUGUGAAGGAAAGGACCGAGAUCGAGCAAAGCUAUGCCAAACAACUGAGGAAUCUUUCAAAGAAAUAUAACCAAAAACGAAGCAACAAAGAUGAGCCAGACUGCAGGCUGUCCAGCUACCAGUCUUUUGUGGACAUCCUGAAUGAGAUGAACGACUAUGCGGGGCAGAGGGAGCUAAUUGCCGAGAACAUGAUCAUGAACAUUUGCAUUGAUCUCACCAAGUACCUGCAGGAACUCAAGCAGGAGCGAAAGACGUAUCUAUUGGAGGCCAAGAAGGCCCAGCAGAGUUUGGAGAGCACCUACAAGCAGCUCGACAGUAGUAAAAAGCGCUUUGAGAGAGAAUGGAGAGAAGCAGAGCGCGCAGCACAGUAUGCAGAGAAAACGGAUCAAGACAUCAACGCCACAAAAGCUGAUGUUGAAAAAGCUAAGCAGCAGGCGCAUAUGAGAGCACGUGUAGCUGAGGACUGCAAGAAUGACUACGCUGCUCAGCUUCAAAAGUACAACAAAGAGCAGAGCCAGUUCUAUUUUAAUGACAUGCCACUUAUUUUUAAUAAAUUGCAGGAUUUGGAUGAGAGGCGGAUACGAAAGUUGGGACAUGGCUACAUCUUGUUCUCAGACACAGAAAAGAAUGUGAUGCCCAUCAUUGGCAAGUGCUUGGAAGGGAUUACUAAAGCUGGCACUAAUGUCAAUGAGAAAAAUGACACCAUGCUUAUAAUAGAGCAGAAUAAGUCUGGAUUUGAGCGUCCUGGAGACGUAGAGUUUGAAGACUACAGCCAGGGUAUUAACCGAGCCUCCUCUGACAGCAGCCUCGGUACACCUAAAGGCCCCAUGGACCUUCUGGGGAAGAACAAGAGUAAAAACUUCUGGCUUUUCAAGAGGAGUAAGCUCUCCUCCUCCACACUCACUCCUUUCUCCACACCCCCUGCCCCUUCACCUCCUAAUGGAGCCCCUUCCCCCAAGUUUGGCCGGGACCCCCUGUCGUACUGUUUGAAGGAGAUCAAUAAGACAGUCAAACCCAGAAUCUCUUCCUUCCGGACACUCAGGAGAUCGAAAUUUACCCCAGACAGGAUCAUGCCUACGGUGACGGAGGACUUUGGCCAUCUCCCCCCGGAGCAGCGCAGGAAGAGGUUACAGCAGAAAUUAGAGGAAAUUUCUAAAGAGCUGCAGAAGGAAGCAGAUCAGAGCGAAGCGCUCGGAAAGAUGAAAGAUGUUUAUGAGAAAAAUCCUCAAAUGGGAGAUCCAGCUAGUCUUGCAACCCAGAUCAGUCAGACAUCUCAGAAUAUAGAGAGGCUCAGAGGAGAACUGAACAAGUAUGAGACUUGGCUGUCUGAAGCAGGUGCUCGGGGGGACACACUACGAUACAGAGCUCACUCAUUUAACAAUAACGGAGCCCAUGAAGUUCUUAGUCCUGAUGGUGCACAUUCAGAUGAAAGCACUCCCGACCCCUCUCAAGCUAUUUAUGCCGAGUUUGAUGAUGACUUUGAAGAUGAAGAGCCAGCGGCACCCAUCGGGAAGUGCACAGCGAUGUAUAACUUCCCUGGUGCCAGUGAAGGGACCAUUUCGAUGCAGGAAGGGGAAGUGCUGGCUGUAGUGGAAGAGGACAAAGGAGACGGAUGGACCCGCGUCCGAAGACACAAUGGAGAUGAAGGCUACAUACCUACAUCUUAUGUCACCAUCACAUUAAACAAAUGAGCAAGAAAGAGACAUUCAGGUUACCAUUUUAAUGUCAUUUACACCACAUGUUUGAACAAUCAUGAUGAAGCCAUGUCAGAAAUGGGUGAGACCACCCAAAAGUGCUUUGAUAUGUUUUUUUUGUUGUUGUUGUUUUUUUAUCCCUGGCAUACUGUAAAUUCGCAGUAGAGUUAUCACUCACAUUUUGGAGCAGAUAGUUCUUAACACCUGUGUUGGUUAGGAGAAUGUUUUUUGUUUUUGUUUUGUUUUUUUUGUGAAAAACUGAGCUGUUACCUUUGCCAACCCCUCAUGCUGCAGAGUCCAUAUUAUGCAUUACCUCUUUCAUUUUUCAUUUGCCUCACGAGUGUCAGUUUUGAUUUGUAAUCCCACUUGAGUGUGCCCACUCGAGAUUUUGGUGCAAGAAUGUUUCACCUUUAACUUUACAACAAUUAGUCCUCUGUUACAGUGAAACAUACACACAAAAAAACUAUAUACAAACUGUUAAAUGUUCAGACAAUCACAUCCAUAUCAUCAUUUAAUUCCAGUAGCAAAUAAAAUACAGCAGAUGCCAUUUUCUUACAACAGCUGAUAGAAACCUGCUGCUUAUUUUUAUUAGAUAUUGUACUAGAGAUAAUUUAUUACAAGUGUGUAUGAAUAAAAUGUUUAUAUUUGGAAAAAAACAAGCUCUUUGUAUUUAGGAUGUUCGGAUGUUGCUUUUUUUUCCUCCUUGCACAAAGUGUGGGACGGACUGUAGCCACAAAAGGGAGGAAAUAUUGCACACACUAAAUAUGUUACAUUGAGAAUAUUGUAUUUAUAUAAUAUAUAUAUUUUAGCAAUCACAACACCACUAUUGUCUUAUUAGCAUUUUUAACUAUUCAAAUAAAGGUUGUUUUAUUGUAAGAGAAAACAGCAAGUUUUGAAGUUUGUUGCUUAUGAUGUUACAUAAAAGUUCACAAGAUUUUUUCCUGUAGUGCAGAUUACUACCUUUCUGCUUAAUACUUAUUUCUCUUUGGUGCCUUUCUGGUUAAAGCAUUGUGUACAUACCUUUUGAGCUAAUUUGUCCUUUUUUCUAUACUUAAUAAUUGUAAAGCACAUUUCAACAGUAGAAGUCAUUAUGUUCACUUUAAACUUGAAAAAUAAACUAGUGAAACAUGUA